CCCACAUUAUCCUCUAUCCCUGCUGCUCAUUACUCUAGCCACUGCCCAUGUCUUGCACCAUCUGCUUAGAACCGCUCAAGGAAGCCACAAGCCUCCCAUGCGGCCAUCUAUUCUGCGCUCCGUGUAUUCAAACAUACAUAGAAACAUGCUACGCUGUUCUAUUUGCCGAGUGCCCUCUCUGCAGGUACCCCUUCAACGAAAUUGACUUUCGACGCACCUACCUUCCGGAACUCGAGGAUGCCUCUGCCCAGGCUGCCACAAUUUCAGGUCUGAAAGAGAAGGCUAUUUUGCAAGCAGCCAAAGUAUCGUACCUUGAAGCCCAAAUUCAAAGACUGAAAACACAAGUAAAAGAUCGUUCAAGUCUGAUUCGCAAGUUGCAAAGUUCCCGCCUCUUCAGGAGCAGCUUCGUUCUUUCUCGAGGACGCGGGCCUGCUAGACAGAUUGCGAAACUCCAGGCUGACUUACGGGAAGCACGUACUGCGCUACAGCAACAACGUACCCUCUCUGACCAACUUGUUUACGACCAACGCAUCGUUGACCACUUCGUAGAAGAGAUGACUAACGAUAUACUAGGACCAUUGCCCCCUGCAGUGGCCGACCCUUCUACGGCUGCUAGACCUACGUUCAAUGCUUUGACAGCUCCCUCUGGAACUCACCUUGCUCGUACACUGGAGGCGAGCUCUCAGGAUGCACUCAACCUUCAACCCCAAUAUCCCACCUUCGAAGAGAUUGCUCCACGCGACUCGAACUUCUCUAUACCUGGCGCGCAGGAUGCUAACAGGUACUGGACAUCAAUCGAACAGCUUUUUGGGCCUCCAGGAAAUGACCCUCUCUAAGACGAGCGUCGUUAUCGUUGCCACGCUGGCUUGUUUUCACCGUCGAUUCCUAUGUUCAUUAUGCCUUUAUUGGAAUGUUCGUUUAUAAUAUGGUACAAUACGAUGUCUAAGCUGUAGAGUACCGCUUGUGGGUGCUAUCUCAAUGUAUGAAUGAAACGUCUUUGAUACA